AUGCGAAAUAUGGCGGUACGGAGUAUGACAAAUCCUGGUGGCGGAAGUCCAGCAGAAGACACCUGCUAGACGCUUUAAACUGGUCAUAGCGAAGAAUUGCCAGCGUUUUCCUCAGGAUUUCCAUUGCCAGUUCAUUCCUUGUAAUUGGAUCAGCAUUUAUCCGCAGCUCUUUCCAUAGAAUUUCCGCACGUGAGCGAAUAAAAGAGUUUAAUCGUGAUGCUGCGCGUGUCUGCGUUUGAACUGUCGCGGCUUUUCGCUGUCAGACUCAAUUUUAAAAACUGAUCCAGAGUAUCUUUUGAGUGCUCAGUGUGAACGUAAAAAAUUACCUGAUUCUAGGAAACGUUUUGUUUUGUUCGAAGGACUUUGCAUUUGCGAGAAUAGAGCGAUUUCGUAGCGUCGGCUGCUCGGGCCAGCGGGAACGUUCUUCACACGGCGGUGACUCCGGCCAAACAUGAAAGAGACAGAGAAGAGGGGUCCAGUCCUACAGUCCAGUUGGUCCAGGGGAGAAAGUUGAUGAUAAUGUUAAUUUGUUUACGUUCUAACAUCUGUCCAUGCGCGCACCCCCUGCGAUAUGGAAGAAACUUCAAGAAGUCACUCGUAUGUCUGUGUGAAAGUUGAGCACGUUGGUGUCAUCCGCGAGAAAUUAAAAGAGAUCCGCGAAAAGUUCCGUGUGAGUCUCCACGAAGUGCCUGCCCCCCAGGCAAAACCAGAUUGUGGUACGGAUGCGGAUUCGGCGGGCUUGAGUGUCCUGUUCUUUACCGUGGAGAAAAGCGGGGAUGCAUCCCAGAUCGAAGUAUCUCAGACGGCGAAUCGAGUCCAGUGCUUCGUGGACUCGCUGUGCUCCGGGCUGGGAGACCAUGGCGACGACUCGAGCUACGACAGCGACGCCGAGGCCGAGGGGGAGGCGGAGGCCGAGGGGGACGACGUGAGGCACCAGGAUGUGAGCCGCACCACCUCCGAGACCCUCGCCGCCGAGUACGCCGACUACAUCACUCAGCAGGGGGACGCGGCGGUGUCGCGGCUCGAGUUCGGCAUCAGGCUGGGCUACACGGAGCCGCUGGUGCGCGCGGCGCUGCGGCGCCUGGGGCCCAACCCCGCGCAGAAUGAGCUGCUGGCCGAGCUGAUCCGGCAGGCGCAGUCCGCGCAGCCCAACGCGCAGCAGCCCGCCCAGCACGCCCCGAGCGCGCAGCACCCGCAGCACGCGCAGCACCCCCGCAGGCAGGCCGGCGUCGGGGCGGCGGCGGCCGGCGCCUGCGCGGCCACGGCGGCCGACGACGACGCCGCGCUGCAGCCGCGGCCGCGACUCCGGCCCAUCGUCAUCGAUGGCAGCAACGUGGCCAUGGGGCACGGCAACAAGGAGGUGUUCUCGUGCCGGGGGCUGCGCCUGUGCGUGGACUGGUUCCGCGCGCGGGGCCACACCGACAUCACCGUGUUCGUGCCCAAGUGGCGCAAGGAGGCGCCGCGCCCCGACAACCUGAUCACGGAGCAGGCCAUCCUGGGCGAGCUGGAGCGCGAGCGGCUGCUGGUGUACACGCCGUCGCGCCUGGUGGGCGGCAAGCGCGUCGUCUGCUACGACGACCGCUACGUGCUGCGGCUGGCCGCCGACACGGGCGGCGUCGUCGUCAGCAACGACAACUACCGGGACCUGGCGCAGGAGAACGCCGAGUUCCGGCGCGUCGUGGAGCAGCGCAUCCUCAUGUUCUCGUUCGUCAACGACAGGUUCAUGCCCCCGGAAGACCCGCUGGGACGGUCGGGGCCGUCACUGGACCAGUUUCUCCGUCUGCCCGCCGCCCGCACCGACGCGCCGCCGCCCUGCCCCUACGCCAAGAAGUGCACCUACGGCAACAAGUGCAAGUUCAGCCACCCGGAGCGCGGCCUGCUGCCGCACAAGUCCGUCACCGAGAGGCUGGCCGAGCAGGCCCAGAAGCACCUGGUGGCCGCGGGGCUGGCGCGCACGGGGCCAGGCAAGCUGCUCAAGGGGAAGUCCCUGAGCCUGCCGCUGGACUCGGACGUGCAGCCCGUGGUGCGGAAGAACCCGUUGACGCGGUCGCACUCCACCGUGCCGGGGACGGGCAUGACGGGCAUGAUGCCGACCGCGGCGUCGGCCCUGGGCGCGCCCCCCAGCGACGCGGCGGUCAACGCGGCCAACCUGCACCGGCCGCUGCAGCGCCAGCUCAGCCUCAACCCGACCUACGACGCGCGGCUGGCGCAGAUGCGCAAGGCCAUGGGCAUGCCGCCGAUGCAGCUGCAGCCUCCAUUGCAGCCGCAGAUGCAGCCGCCCAGCGCGGCCGCCCCCGUCGAGGCCCUCCCCGUGCACGCCGGCGUCUCGCGGAUCGCCUCGGCGCCCGAGUCGUACCGGACCUGGGCGCAGCAGCAGCGCAGGCUGGGCGGCGCGGGCGGCAGCGACCCGCAACUGCAGAUGCAGCUGCAGCAGAGCCCCGCCUGGAACCAGGCGCUGUACCACCACCAGGCCCAGCAGGCGCGCCACCGCAUGCACUACCACCUGGCCUCCAUCUUCCCCGAGGAGCUGGUCGCCACCGCCAUGAGCCUCUACCCCGACGAGGUGGACGCCCAGAAGAUCUGCGCCGCCAUCCUGAGCCUGCAGACCGAGCCCAAGCGUUGAGUGGCUUGACGCCCUUAGAAACAUGGCGUCUUGUUCGAGCUGGAAGGUGUUUGCAAGCCGCAUGUUGUCAUGAAAAUAUUUUGCAAGCAUUUUGUCUGUAAAUUUUAGGGAAGUGUUUUGUUGUGAUAUGGUUUGACCUCGAUUGUGAUUGAAAGAGCAGCCUUAUUCUAAAUCAGGCAUAAGAUUUUUGUUGUUUUUGUUGUAGGACUUUCUUGCUGGCCAAGAAACUAGGGGUGGGAAUGCCUUUGUGCCCUGCAAAGAGUAUGUCAAGAAUGAGUCGCAAGAGUUGAUUAUGCUCAAAGCAUACCUUGCUGUGAUUUCUUUCUCACAGUUUGACAUUUUCUUACAUCUUGAAGAAGUGUCUUGUUAUUAUUGUUUGUAGGAAAUCUUUUACAGGAUAUUGUUUGGGUAUUUAGAAUUCCACUUGUUAUUUGUAAAAUGUUCAUAUCUAAUAUUUUCUCUGUCCUUUUUCUUUCUAGAAAACUAAUUUUUCUAAGAUCUGUGCCAUUUUUGUAAACUCCUUCUCUCUCUUUGUAUUGGUGAGUUUACAUGUAAUAACCGUUAUGAUCUAAAUUGUUGAACAAGACAUGCUCCAAGAGUUUGAAUGGAGUGAGUGUUGCAUCUCAAAUUAAGACUUGAAUCUUAUUUAUAAAUUUCAAUGUUAGUAAUUUAUUUAAUGGACCACUCUGCUACAAUUAUCAAUUGCACUAGAUGCAAGGAUGAAAAAGCAUGGCGUUGGUUAGUUUUAAAGAAAAACAACAGUAGUCUGCCACUGUCAAAAAAGUGUCAAACUCAUGACUUGUUCAUGUUCCAAAAGACCAAUAUCUUUGAAGGUAGUUAGCGGCUUGAGCUGUUGAAUUUUUUUCUUUCUCUAGCCAAUUUCUGUAUCAGAAAAAUGCUUUAGAAGUUUUAAAUUCUUUGCAGUUCUCGUAAUUGUUCAAUGGUCACUCAUUUUCUCCACAAAUUUCAUUUUAUGUUAAAUUUACUGGAGAAUAGAACUGUUUUUUCUUGUUUGUAAUUUUUAAUAACUAUUCUGUCCUUUGGCUGUGACAUAGUAGCAAGCAAAUAAGUAAAAAUCUUUUUUAAGAGGCUAUACUUUGUGAAUGAAAAAUUUGAUGUUUUAGCCUGUAAGUGAUGCAGAUUUUUAAAUCCUGCAUGACCAAAUUUUUGGUUUAUUCCGUUUAUUCAUUCCUCUCUUGAAUCUUCAAUCUUUACACGGUUGAAUAUUCAUUGAUGUUUGCUAGAAACUCGCUGAUUUCUUUAGGAUGCUACUCAUUGUCAAAUGGGUAAGAGUUACUGGUUGACUAAGUGAAAGAACUUGAAAAUAAUUGUCUUCCUGGAAGAACUCUAUAUGUUUGUGAACAAACAGCAUAUUGUAAUCAAACCUGACGAUUUUUAUAGAUCUAUCCAAAAUGGUAGUGCCUUAAUGCAUUUGUUGCAUUCUUGUUGCCUACCUUUCUUGGAUUAACAUUUAUUGCCUUGUGGUUAUAUCAAAAUUAACAUGUUUGUUGCAUAUGUAUUGUGCUGUUAUGUAUGUCUCUUGGACUUAUUAGUUUUUAGAAAGAGUAUUUUGUUGUUAGUAUGUUAUUUCCUCUUUCUUCUGUGCAUUCCUUUGAUAUUCUACAAAAAUCUGAUCACUGAAAGAUCCCCUGUUUUUAAAUAGAGUGAAUUUUAUAUGUCCUCAAAAGGAUUUCGCUGACAAUGUUAAGUUCUAUUUUGUACAUUGCAGUUUUAGGUAAACACUACUUAAUGCAGAUUUCAUAAUACAAUUGCUUUUGUACAUAAGUCUAUGUAACAUUCCUGAAAAGUGAUGAAGGAUCUACGCUUGAAGAUGGAUGUUAUCUAUUUUACCGUAAGAUUCUGAAACGGGCAAAGGCUUACAUUCCAAGUACAUUUUAGUGAAACAAUUUAUGACAUGUUGUUAAGUUGUUGCUCGUCACUUUUCUUUUCUUACUGAUUUGCUUACUUUUGUCUAUCUUAGUGUUUUUCUCAGCUUUGUUCCCUCCUUUUUAUUUGUUUUGAACAAUUUUUUUGUUUUUGUUUUAAGUCUGAUGCAAUCGUGCAUAUUGUUAUUAUUCAGCUCUCUAGCUAAGUUGUUUCUGUUAAUUUUAACACCUUUUUGAACCUUUUUUUUUUUCAUACAUCGUAAUUUUGUGGGGGUUUUAUUUUUUUGGAUUGAUGCUAUUGUAAUAAAUGUCAGUCAGAGACCAUUUUAUAUUUGUUUUGAAUUUUGACAAACUUCCAACAUCAUUUUGUUAUGAUGCUUUGUGAUGGAGGUUUUGGCUGUGAUUUGAAACAUUCCUUGGUUGACUGUAGUAUUAGUCAUUUUUCAAUCAACAUAGAAUGUUUUCCCCCAGACUGUGUCCCUUGUCUCACCUGCCAGACAGAUAUUGUCAACCAAAUGGCUGUUACCAGGUCCAUAUGAGUAUUGUAUGGACAUGAUUGCAUCCACUUUAAUUUUAUGUGCACAAUUGGGCCUUCUGUGGGUUAAAUUCUUUACAUUUCAUGUUAUGUAAUACCACUUUAAUGGCUCUUGCUCUCAGCUUACUCAAGAAGUUGUUUAAAAGUAUCAAACUGCUUCACUGGAGUGCUUAGUAAAAUAAUCUGCCUAUCUCUUUCCUCUUGUUGUUUUUCUUUCUUUGGUAUGUUAUUCUAAGUAAUUUUGUUGUAAGAAAUAUGUUUUUUUCUUCUUAAAAACAUAGUUAUGUUAAUAACAACGAAUAUCUCCAUUAUGUUAUAUGGGAACACACACGUUUUAUUUAUGUUGAACUACGUUUUAUGUAGGCUUUUGUAUUGGGUAUUCCAAAGAAGUGUAUAUACAUUUAUGGCAUUGGUGAUAGACUAUUUACUUAAAUUAGCCAUUCCAAAAUUUAUAUUUAAUUGCAAAGUGAGUUCUAUCUCUUUGUAAUGUUCCAUUCCAUAACAAAUUAUGUUUGAAUAAAGUGACCGACCCACACAAUAACAAAA